GUGUCUAUCCAUCAAACAGCUGUCUGGUUGGUUGGAUGCUGACAGGAAAAGCUAUGGGUUUUUGGGGACUACUGUCUGUAGUUCUGCUGGUCCAAGAUGCUGCAGGGUCAGUUGUGCCCCAGGCUCGGAGCUCUAUCGUGGGGGGAAAGGAUGCUCCAGAGGGCAGCUGGCCGUGGAUAGCCUACCUGGUUAUCACUGAUGAAGCAGGCACCUUCAGCUGUGGCGGAUCCAUCCUCACUGAGGAGUGGGUGCUCACUGCUGCACACUGUGUUGACCCGAAUGACAACCCUAUUCCAGACCGUUCCUACGUUCGUCUGGGGAUACACAGCCUGAAUGAGCCAUCAGUGUUUCGUCGAACCAUCUCACGCAUCGUCAGUCACCCACAGUACAAGAAACAGCGUUCGGAACUGCUGCACGACAUCGCCUUGGUGAAGCUGAGUAUAAAGGUGUCCUUCUCCUCCCUGGUGGAGCCCAUGUCCCUGCCCAAACCGAGUGAUGCCUUCGGCCCGAAGUCGGAGUGCUGGAUCGCUGGCUGGGGCAAUGUCGGGAACGAUGUGAAGCUGUCUGGUAAUAGGACCCUCCAGGAGCUGAGGCUGCCCAUUGUGAGGCGGCUCACCUGUAAGAAAAAGUUUCCGGGCUUCACUGACAACAUGAUGUGUGCUGGCUCCCUGGAUGGAGGGAAAGACUCCUGUCAGGGGGACUCUGGGGGGCCGUUGGUUUGUCGCUCAUCUGGAGAGUUUGUCCAGAGGGAUCUGAGGUGCAGACAGCAGACGAUGGGAGUGGAGGUGUUUGGGGUGGAGAGGACAGUGGACUCAGUGGAGGACAUCCCAGCCACUUGGCAGUGUUGGCACUGUUACUUCUUCCCUGACGGCACCUGGCCAGCCGUGUGCAGGUGGGCUCUCCGUCAACAUGAGGCUCUUGAUGGUCCCACUCCAAAUACACACAGGAGGAGUUGAAGGUGGCGUACCUGCAGCAGCACCUAGAGCUCCACGCCAUGAUGUGUGACUCCUUGCAGUUCCUGUUACUACGAGUGACGUCAUCAUGUUCGCCCGCUAGGACUUCUUCCCCUCGUGCCGACCCCCGGGGGCACCUUCAACACCUCCUCACCUUGAGGACACACUGUGGCUGCGUCUCAAUAGUCUAGUAGCUUCCUUUCACAGGCACUUUAGUGAGGACAAUACUAUUCUGGUUAGCACUUGUCACUAGUAUGUACAGAAGCCCUUGAGAUCUUUUGUUUUUGAUUUUGUGAUACUGUUUUUACUGUCUUCUUUUGUAUGAGGUGCACUGAAACACAUUCCAAUCAACUCUGUUGAUAUGGCAAUCACAAGAGUUACAGUUGUGUCAGUUAGUGUGAAUUAAAAUAAAAUGUAUUAUUUCAUGUCUUGUAUAUUUCCCAUGCUUAAUUUCUGUUAAGCACUUUAUCCUUUAGUGAGAAUUCCAGUAACUGCUACUUUGCUUUGGUUCUGAUUUGAUC